AUGAGAACCAGCUUUCUCCUCCUCGCUGGCGCUGUUGUCCUUUACGCCGUUGUCGUCGCACCCAUGGUGGCGCUCGGUGAGGAAUGGCGACCGAUCCCCAAGGUUGAUGACCCUCUUGUCCAAGGGCUAGGUAGGUGUGCGGUGGACGAGCAGAACAAGGUGACGAACUGCAGGCUCAGGUUUGUCAAGGUUUUGGGCGGCAAGGUGACGGGCGACACGAAGUAUAUGCUCACUGUCGACGCGCUGAGGAUCGACGGCUCGCACAAAACAUAUGAGGCGGAGGUGCUCAAGCAGAGCUCUGCGGGCAAGAACACAUGCAAGCUCGUCUCCUUCAGCCCAAACUGCUGA